AUGAUGAGUAGUAAUAAUAGCAAAAGUACGGAGCAAUUUAUUACAUAUCUGCUACAGUAUGGAAUAUCCGAUAGAAUGAUUACAAUUGUUGAAAAACAACAUAUUAGUGACGAAGAUUUACAAAUAAUGGAUCGUGAUGAUAUCGAACAUUUAUUUAGAAAUGAAUAUGGUUUUACAUUUCGUGAUCGAAAACAAUUUUGGACUAUAUUACAAAAAAUGCAAUCGAAUCAAAAUUCGAAUAUCAAAUAUGAACCAAUGAUUGAUUCAUCAGAAAUUCUUGAUCAUAUUUAUGAAUUUGCUGAUGAAGACAAAGAAAUUAAUGAUUUAAAAGAGCAGCAAUUUAUUAAAUUUUCAUCUCCGAAUAUGAAUCGACCAUCAACUGUUGUUAAUAUUUUUGAUAAUAAAACAUCUCCUGAUGAUAGUAAUAAUUCAAACUCGUCGACAUAUCUUUCAGAAUUAUCAUUAUCAUCUGAUUAUGUAUUUAUAUAUCCAAGUAUAUUACCGAGUUUUUCAGCUAAUAUCAUAGAAGCACUUAGCACAAAUACAAUUCAUAAGCAAUGGGCUACUUUUAUCAAUGAACUUGCUCGUUGGGUUAUGUCAAUAAAACCAUGUCUUCGAGAACAACACGAAUAUCAAGCUAUUGGACAAACAUUAUAUGAAAAAUAUCCUAGUAUCGGUACAACUGGACCAAAACCUUGGUCAUUUUUAUGUCGAAGUCUUAGCCAACGAAUACGUACAGAAAGAUGGCAAAGACGAAAAACAUUUGAGGGAAGAAAAAGAAAAGAAAAUGAAAUAAAAAAUAUGGAUUACAACCAUAACAACAUGUAA